ACAAUUCGUCCCAUCGAGAAUUUUGCUUACCUAGUUAUACCCCCUUCUUGCUCCUAACCCCCCCAGAUUAGUAUUUCGAGCACAACGUCAGUAUCUUGCAAACGCAUGCUUGAUAUAUAGUUCCUCUCCCUUCCACAAGCUAAACCAUCCCGAGCAGUCCAACUGCCGAGAAAGCGUUACCCAUGCGAGUCGUUGCGCCUGGUCGUUAAUGAAGGUGGCGCUGGGGGCGCGGUGGUAGUGGGAUCGGCGAGCUGCUGUGCGCGCCUAGAGGCGGCAGCUGCAGGGAGCGGUACGGCUGAAUCCGUGUCAGCAUAACGGCGUGAGAGCAGCGAGGUUUCGGCGAUGCGGGGCGCGGCCCCCACAUGUUGCGCGCCGGCGGUGGAGUGCGCCGCCGUGGACGCCUUCCUCGCGCACCACGCCGUCUCGCCCAAGCCCGACCCCGUGCCCGCCUCGCUGCCCGUGGCCGCGUGCGCGUCGGCGGACUCGCUGUACGCAGAAGCGCUGCCCGGCGAGGCGGGGAAGGACGAUGUGCGGGUGCCGCGGGAGGACGACGGCAACGGCUGCUGUUGCCACGGGGACGCCGCCAUCGGAGCGUUGCGGCAUCGGCUACGGCAGCAGCGCGACGGGUUGUCGUUGGCGUCGCGCCCGCUGCUCACGCUGCGCUACUUCGCCCUCGCCGUCGCCGAGCAGCUCGCCGCUACCGCCGCCGCCAUCGGCGGGUCGCGGGCCAUGUGCGGCGCGCUGAUGGCGACGGGGUGGGCGCUGGCGCUCAUGGUGGCGCUGGACCGCGCCGACAACAAGCUAGUGCACGAGGCUCUCGCGUACCUGCGGUUCGGCGUGUGGUGGGUCUGCCUCGGCAUCGCGUCGUCCAUCGGAUUCGGCUCGGGGCUGCACACCUUCGUGCUGUACCUGUCGCCGCACCUCGCGCGCUUCACUCUCAAGGCCACGGCGUGCGGCCGCCCCGACAUCAAGCUCGCGCCGCACGACACGGCGCAGUGGGCCUCCGCCGCCUCGUGGGCCGCGCGCCACUGCUCCGCGCUGGGCCCGCCGCUCUUCCCUCACGUGCCGUCGGCGCACGGCGGCUUCCACGCCGUGCCGCUGGCGCUGCUGCUGCGCGCCGUGCUGCCCGAGGUGCUGCUGUGGGGCGCGGGCACCGCCGUGGGGGAGCUGCCGCCCUUCCUCGUCGCGCGCGCAGCGCGUCUGUCCGGGGAGAGCAUCAGGAGCCUGGAGGGGCAAGCGGGGGACGAGCAGGGCGAGGAGGACGAGGGCGAGCAGCACGACUCGUGGCUGCACCGCCUUUUCCUGCGCUUCCUGCCGCCCGGUCACCGCUUUGGCUUCGGCACCAUCUUCCUGCUCGCCGCUGUGCCGAACCCCAUCUUUGACCUGGCGGGCAUCACGUGCGGGCAUCUGCUCAUCCCGUGCUGGAAGUUCCUCCUCGCCACGCUGCUCGGCAAAGGCAUUGUCAAAACAACGUUGCAGGCGGCGGCGGUGGUGUUUCUCUUCCACGAGCACUCGGUGGACCUCAUCGAGUCGCUGCUGGAGCGCCUCCUCAGCCACCUGCCCUUCCUCUCCUCGCUGCUGCCGCCUCUCCUCGCAGCGCUUGACUCCGCCAAGCAGCGCGUGGCCGAUGGCGACGCUGUGGUGGUGGCGGCGUCGCCGCUGUCGCUGGGUGCGGUGUGGUCGGCCGUGGUGACGCUCAUGAUCCUCUCCUUCCUCGCCUCCGUCGUCACCACCACGGCGCGCACGCACCUGCUGCGCUGCCACGCGCGCCAGCUGCUGCACGCACAGCAGCGCCACCGCCACGCUCUCUGCUCCCUGCAUGGCAUUGCCGCACAGGCAGUGGGCAGUGGGGGGGAGGUGCAUGCAAGCAGAGAGGGGGCGGAGGCAGGAGCAGCAAGGGGGAGUGAGGGUGUGGCGGACGUGCCUCUUGGGCGGAUGCUGUCAGGCAGUGAGAGUCAGUCGGGGGAUGAGAGCGAAGGCCUUCUUACCUGACCUUGCAUUGCCAUGCUGUGGCGAGCAUAAGGAUCUUGGUUGGCACAUUCGGGUGGGGUGCUGUAAAAGAGGCCAUGCCAUUGGAUGGUCAUGGUUUGAGCUGCCCCAACCUGCUGCUGUGGCGGCACCUAUGGCAUGGGGUGCCACAGCACACAUGAAGCAGAGUGCCUUGCACCUGCACCACAUGCUGCCAUGACUGCCUCCUCGUGCUCACUUACUGAGUUAUCACUGCGAUAUCUGGUACCCAUUCAGCACACCGACAGCCACAGAUCUCAUGCCCACUAGUUGUCUCGGGGCCCCAGCACACUCCCUGAACGUCGUUACUUCACCAAGUAGCAGUGAUAAGGUGUUUACCAGGGAAAGUGUACUAGUGCUCCAAAGAAAUGGUACCAGCCAUGUUGGCAAGUCCAUGGUUUAAGAAAUGGAAUAGGUGCUAAUGUCAAACAAGCUAGGAUAGGAUAGGUAGAGAAAGGGCCUCAGAUUGGUUCAGAGGUAUCCUAAUAGCUCAGGGUAGCCUGAUUUUUCAGAGCUCCCCCCAAAAAAAAACCCGAUGAGUA